UUUGUUUAAUUCAUUGCAGAUAGCAUAUACUUGUUCAGUUUGACGUUAUCGAAUGAUGACUGCUACAGCAUCCCUGGGGAUGCCUCCGUCGUCCGGCACUCCAGUGGUUAAACAGGAGCGCCAAGAUGAUCCAGAAAUCGUGGCGCUCGCCGAAAAAAUGCGCGUUGCUAAUGAAGCCAGGCUUGCUCAGUUACUUCAGCGUCCUAUGGCAGCGUUACCGUUGGGCAGCAUGUUGCGCCCCGGACAACAGGCAAUCACUUCAUACUACGGCCGAAAUAUCGGGAUCAGACCGGGGUUGCCCGGAUCGGCGCAGCUCAUGCGUCCUCCUGCUCCUCCGCCACCAGCUGAUGACGAGAAUGCGCUGGAUAUCAAUUCGAAAAAGGGUCGUUUCGGGUGGCAUCCCUUCAAGAAGGAAUACAUCCCGUACAUCUUCCGUCAGGAGGAAAAGUUUUGUGCCGUACGAAUGGUGGAGACGAAACUGCUGCAUAAGUUCCUACCUCAUCUUCCGACGGACAUCGUUAGCUGCACAUGCAUCCGAAGUUAUUUCAUCACAGACGAUGAAGCCAAACUGUUGAACGAAAUUAAUGAAAAGCAUUGCGGUGGAAUGUUCUCCAAAGAGGGUCAGUUCUCCAGCAAAGAUCUGGUGGUGUUACUUAAUGAAGCGAAGCAGUUCUACGAGUUUCUCGAGACUUGUUUUCGGAAAAUCGUGCUUGGUACCCACGAUGCGAACAUCGACCGUUGCGGGUUUUUCCGGAUAAACGGCGAUUCUGUGGUACCUUACACUGUGAAAAAUGGAGACAAGUUCGUCCCGCUGUUUUAUUUCGAAGGAGAAACAGACCGAUUACGAGCCAAGUCUGUCAAGAUCGAAGGCUGGGAACUAAGCUAUCUCAAGUUUUGUUGUAAGGUGCAAGGCAUUCGAAACGAGCUUUUCGCGACGGAUUCGUGUCCAGUAGUCAGCUUGAACGAUAUCAAGCAACACUUUCCGGAAAGGACAGAUUUUCAAGAAUAUUGGCCUUCAAAUAUCGCCAUCUCCGCAAUGCCUGCUGUUGCACAGCAGAUUCAGCAAAAUGUUCACACUCAACACCGUCAGUUGGCACAGGCGAAUGUCGUGGCGCAACAGAUUCAACAGAAUGUACAUUCCCAGCAGCGUCAGUUGGCCCAGGCGAAUGUACCGAAGUUCAUGAACCAUCCUAAUCUGAAUGGUGUUGUGGGUUGGUCAGGAGGUACGGUCGCAAGUACCCAGGCUUUGAAUCCGUCGUACCAAGCGGUCGCUCGGUUUUCAGUACCGACUGCUCAGAAUAUUGUUGCUGCCCAGCAAGUCUACACCCUCGGUGGAAUGGCAGCUCCCCCGAGUCGUGUUGCUGCUGCACAAGCGAAUUCUGCUGCUUUGAGGAACAGUGCAUAUCCCUUGCAAGUUGUUGGAAAUCCCACGAAAGGGGCGCAGUUGGUUAACGGGCAAGUAGCGCAGUCUUUUACCGUCAAUAUGGACAAGUCUGGCCAGAAUCAAGCAACCGUUCAGUGGCAGCAGCAAAUCGCUCAAGCCAAUGCCAAUGGAAUGCGACGCAUGCCUGCUCGUCAGCCGCCGGCCCUUUUACCGAUGAACACUGCAGCCCUAUUGAACAACGUGUUGCGUGCACAACAACAGCAGCAGCAGCAAGCUGCUUCCGGAUCCUCGCGUGUGCAGACUGCGUUGCGGAUGCGACGUCCGGCCCAGCAAGACGAUGACAUAAUUGAUUUGUCGAGUCCACCGAGUUCCCCGUUACCCGCGGCUGGUCACAAGGACAAUCGAAUCCCGUUGCAUCAAAUUGCGCAGGUCGGGCCGGGCAUGGCGAGACUGUAUGCCGUGCGGAAGGUGCUGAUACAAAAUAAACAGCUUUACGCCAUCACCAUGGACACGAAUCAGAAUUCUGAACUGCUCGUCCGGGUUAGGGACGUGUACACGCAGUUUUAUCCCACGUGCAAAGAGAGUGACUUGCAGCGAGCUUUUCAAGUAUUAGGUGCUUCAUUGUACAAGCUGAAUGACGCGCAAACGCAAGCUUUCAUUAAUGCUGGAGUAUCAAUGCCGUCGAACUUGAUCGUACCGAUGGUUUUGAAGUCGGAUGUGGAAAGAUUCACGCUUCAAUUGACUUACAUGAUGACCCAAAAUAAUAUGGCCAAGAGACAGAGAACGCAAUGAAGCUGUUGGACAGGUCUGGAGAAACUUAAAGGCGAUUUGAAGAGAAGCAAGAGUGGAAUGUAUUCUCUGUGGAGGGUGUUGAAAUAACCUCGGAAAUUCGGAAGGAAAUUAUUUACUUCGUUGCCGUGGGUGGUGUGUUCCGAUGAAGUGAAUGCGUGAAUCGCUUAAUGCUGUGAUACUUUGUACGCAUCUGGUAAUGCAUAAUGUUCGUACCCAAUUGAA